AUGCGGGCGACCGAUGGCAUGCGCUAUCGCAACACGCGCCCGGACAGCGUAUCGAAGCGGAUCCCUGGUGACGGCUUUCUUCGCGCGGCGUCGCUCAAGGUCAAGACCCUCUCGUCCCCUUUCGUGGCGGCGGCACCGACACCUCGACGCAAGUCGUCCACGCACACACCACCGCUCGCGUCGCCGCGCAACAUUCGAGACACCAUCUCGUUUGCAGAAGUGUGGGCGGCCAAUCAAGUGCCAGACGCGAGCGAUCCCAAUGAUGACGAUGGCGACAACAGCAGCACAUCGCACGAGGUCACGAAUGACGAUGCCAAGAGCGCAACGUCGUCGUGGGGCAGUCACGUCGAGAGGCACGGCCAUGCGGUGCUGCAAGCGCAACGCAGGCGAACACUCCGACUCGAUGGCCACGGUGACGAACUGACGGCGCGCCUCCACGGCCGACCGGUCUCGGCCACGACGUACCGAGAGUGGCAGCAAAACGACGACGCGGGUUUUGCCAGCAGCGACGACGACAGCGAUAUCGACGCCGCAGACCCGGGAGUCCGUCCUUGGCUCUUUCUAUAG